AUGGAAGCAUUUCCUAGUCAACUCGAACGCACAGUUGCUUCAGCUCUUCUCCUUCUCUCCACCACACCUCCAAUUUGUAAAAGUAAGAGCAAUAACUGUUCGGAGAGCUUGAUGUUGAGCACAUCGAAAUCGAAUUCGAAGUCGUGUGGUUCGUCUUCGAGUGUGACUACUAGUGAUGAUUGUUCGUCUGCGGAGGUUCGAGCUCAUGAGCUCCAAAUGGUCGCUGUUGUGGCUCGUUGUUAUGAGAUGAAGCUCAAGGUGGUGCGAAAGAGACGGUCGAAGAGUAGCUUUUGGAUCUCCGAUCACCAGAAAUUGACCUCCGGAACGCCGGAACCGACUGUCUCGGAAAAUGUAUCUGAGAUUACUGAAGCUUCUUCGUGCGUGUCCAGUGGCGCCAGCGGGGUCUCAAGCGCGCGAAGCUGUAAUGUUUCAGGUACAAGAUUUGAGAAGAUGGAUAGCUUGGCUUUGGCGCGUGAUUUGAAAAGGCAGCCAGAGGGUUUGGGUUUGGUCUCGGCUCAGUUGCGAAGCCGAGCCGAAGCUAUCUUGAAGGUGCUGUCUGGUGGCUGUGCUUCGGAAGUGAGGAUUCGCCAGUUGCUUGGAUUUGAUGAGUUGGGUAAUGGCCAAUGGGUGCAGCAGUUUUGUGGGCUGGAUAUAGUUCUGUUGCUAAAGCGAGAUAAAGUCAAGAGGUCUGGAGUUGGAGGUCGUAGCGACCCCUAUAUUUACAUGGACAAGGGUCUAACAUGCGACCAACGAUGGUUCUAG